UUUCCUCCCAAUGUCUGUCCGAGCCGUGAGUGCUGAUUGCUGGUUGCUUGUGGAGGUCCAGGCUGUUUUCUCUCGCCUGAGUUUCCAGUGUCAUCUCCUCCACUCCUGCACUGUUACUGCUUUACAUUGUCUGUGCUGGUCACUUUGUUUUCAGCCAUGGGUUCUGAUGUGGCUGAGUCGACCGACGAUCGCCGCGCGCGUCUCCAGGCGCUUCGAGCUGCUCAAGAGCUCCUUGCUGCUCCCACCCCUGAUUCCACCAUCGCCUCUCUUGAUACCAACGGCCAGCAGCGUCAGCCACUCGAGCAGGAACAAGAGCCAGAUGGAGCGUCAGACACAGGGAUAAAGUUUCGGAACUACUUUCCCAGAGACAGUGAUCUGCAGAAAGCCAAGCACGCACCUCCUGUUAUACCGAAGUUUGAGGACCCUGUGGCUACAGAUCCACUUCAAGUCGCUGGAGGCGAGGAUCCUAUUGUAAGUAUCGCACCCAAGAAACCAAAUUGGGAUCUCAGGAGGGAUGUAGCUAAGAAAUUGGAGAAGUUAGAGCGACGUACACACAGAGCAAUUGUUGAGCUUAUGAUUGAAGAGGAGAAGCGCCGGCAAGCUGAAGCUGUGGAUAACAUGGAACAGGAUUAGUGUGGUCAAGAACUUGAUUCCUCACCCUAAAACCCUAAACCGGUCGCCUUGCGAGCUGCGUUGCUAAUAGGACUCUCUCUACGAUGUCCACUUGCCACCAUUUUUCAUUGUAAGGAUGAUGUGCAUUUGUAAACUGAAGUCUAAAAGACUAUGAAAUGCCCGAUCAGCAUCUGGUAUCAGGCCUAGUUGGCUGUUUCUUUGGGUUACAAAGUAAUCAGAAAGCUCAUUAGUACCCGCAAAUAGAACAGCAUUUUGGAGUUUAGUCAGAUGUAGAAGGGUAAAUAUCGGAGGCGCAUCAAUGUCUUGGCUGUAAUGAGUGACGUGCUAUUUACUGUGAUGUGUCUUUUCCUUGUCGAACCCAUAAGGCUGUUCUCUCAGUUUCUUUUGAAUCGUAUUUGAAGUGGUCUCCAUUGCAGCAAA